AUGAAGUAAACCAUUAUCGUAAAUCUUUAUGAAUAAGUUCACAGGUGUCAGUGAACACGCAUUCAUUAGUCUUCAGUGACAUUAUGACAUGGUUGAAGUAUUGUUUAUAAAAUGUUAUUUUACGUUUUUGUUACACUAACCUAAAACUUCGUUUCAAUUUGUGGAAACUGUUUUUCUUCUAAUUGAUUUAGAUAUGUACAGGUGUAUUUGUUUUUGACUGCAUGAUGGACAUGUUAGCUGGCAUUUAAGAGAGAAUAACGCGGAAUAUUAUCUUUAAUCUGAAAUAGUGUAGUAUACCUAAUUUUAUUUACAUUAUAUUUUAAACUUUUAAAAGUCUUCAAUGUUAUUUCUGUCUGUGAUAUUAAUGGAAAAACAAAAGUUUGUAUCACAAUGCCAACGCUAUUAAAACGUGAAAAGACAUGGGAAUGGGAUAUUGGAAAUAGAAAGACCGUGGAGGACCCCAAGUACAAGAGCUGUCAACGGUGGCUCAAGGGCCAGUUUAGUGCUUACGAGUUCACCAACGACGCCAGGUUCGAGUCUUUUAGAGCCUAUCCGAGGAAGAGACAAAUUUUCAAAAAGCAUCGUGAUUACGCUCUGGAUUAUGAAAAGAAAACAAAGUUGUAUCGCAGCUAUCAGCGCUGGUAUUGCACUGAAAUUAAUCGUCAGAUUCACUGUGUGGAAGCCAGGUUUUCCAAACUAAUACACGACACACUAAAAUCCAAUCAGCACGUAUCUCGGGGUUUGCAGUACAGCUACAAUAAAUGGAAGUCCAUCCACUCCUUGCCAAUGGCCGAGUCCCAUGCUGGACCUCAAGUCGCUGCCCCAGUGCUUACUAAGCACCAGGACAAUCUGGAGGACGAAGAGCUGCCCAACAUUCCUCAAGAUGCCAAUGACGAGUCCAGGCAACGGCGCAGACACAGCCUCCGGAGUGCCAGCGUCGAUAACAUACCGCACGUAGAAACAGCGACGGCCCUUCGACAACCCUAUGUGUUUAAUGACAUGAAAGUGAAGUCAGUUUCUAAUUUGACACACAGCGAGAUUCGGAACAUUACGCGCACGAGAGGCAAUUGUGUCUGAGCGAUAUGUGGCAGGCUAGAUACAAUGUUGGUUGUUUGUAACGUCACAUACUAGGAUAAUAUUGCUAAAUGUGCUUGCCCGUGGAAUCUGAAUGCUUGUUUCUUAUAAAAAUUAAUAAUUAACGGCUGAUUAUAAAAAAACAAGUAUAUUAAUAAGUGCAUAAUUAUACUUAAAUGUACGCCAAUGAUCCCUGUUUUUUUAUGUUCAAUUUUAUGGCCAACUUCUUUUGUGAAAUACACAUGUAUGUUAACGUGUUCUUUUUUAUUUUGAAAUGACAUAAUACAUGUAUAUAAAAAUAAAAAAUAAUAUUUAA